ACCCCACCACCACCGCGACGACGCCUCACCCCCUCCCCUAACCCCCCAAAACAACACAAAGACGAAGAAAUCACGCGCCGCGCGACGCGACGACGGUAGAACCCGGCAGCGGGAGCGCGAGCUCGGUGUCCUGUCCACCGCCCACGGCAUUGCCCCGGGCCCGUGAGCGGGCGCGAGCGCGAGCGCGAGCGGAGAGGCGGGCUGGCGAUGGGUCGGCGCGGCGCCGGGGCGGCGGCGGCCGCGGCGGCGUGCGGGCGGUGGUGCCUGGUGAUCCUGGCCGUGGCGUCCGCGCUCGGCGUCUCCGGGCCGGCCUUCUACUGGCGCUACAAGAAGGGCUUCGCCUCCUCCUCCUCCUCCUCCCCCUCCGCGGCCGUCGUGUCCCCCUCGUGCCCGCCCUGCAGCUGCGACUGCCCGCCGCCGCUCUCCCUCCACUCCAUCGCCCCCGGGCUUGUCAACUUCUCAACUUCAGGUUGUGGCAAAAAUGAUCCUGAGCUUAGUAAAGAGAUGGAAAAACAGUUCGUUGAUCUUCUUAAUGAGGAGCUCAAGCUGCAGCAGAUUGUAGCUGAGGAGCAUAGUCAUCACAUGAAUGCCACUCUUGUUGAAGCUAAAAGACAAGCUACUCAAUACCAACGAGAGGCAGAGAAGUGUAAUGCAGCCACAGAGACUUGCGAAGAAGCUAGGGAGCGGUCUGAGGCGGCCAUUUCAAAGGAGAAGAAACUCACAUCAUUAUGGGAGCAAAGAGCUCGCCAAUUGGGUUGGCAGGACUCUAGAGUCAAAACUAUUUGAUAGCUUGACAUAUCGUUGUAUUUCCUUUUUCUUCUACAGGUAAAAUUAUUUUUGGUAGCUGCUGGAUUACUCCUUGCAGCCAAACCGAGCAGUGUCAAUUGUACGGCUUCACUUCCACUUGUAAUGUAUGUCUAUGUAUUAUCAGCUGUUCCAAGACCAAGAAUCAUAGUUACUGUCGAGAAUGUAGCUUCCUUAUAAACGUAACUAGUAUACAUUUACUCAAUGUUCGGAUUUAUUACUAAUAUAUCGUAGAUAUUCAGUGUUGUUGAUGUACACAUUUUGUUUGUGACGC